UCACCACACCCAUGCUUCAACUUCAUGACGCCGACAUGCAUCAACAGCAGACCAACUGGCCCGCUCCAUCCUUGCAUCAACAUGACAACCAACCACAGCCGUGACAUCAACAUGACAUCAGCCAAGCAAGCAACCAACCCGUACUGACACCUCAUGAUUCAUCCGUUCAUCGCAUUCGAUUGGGAUGAAAAAAUACGAUGGAUGGAUGCAUCACUGGCAUCGCAUCACGGUAGACAGAGAGCCUUCAAUAUCAUGUCCAUACACCGCUGCCUGUCGCGCAGCCAGCUUUUGUCUACCGCACACCGCAGACCCCUAAAGACAUCUUCACAUCCCUUUGCGCAUCGCCGACAAAUCACACCCACACCAUACCCCGAUCGAUGACGUCACUCUGCAGGUCAAAUCGCUUCAGAACACUGCGCCAUAAGGGCGCUGACACCGGGAAACGCUCAUCGAGGGACGCAGGCGCGUCAGCAGCAGCCGACUCGGUCGUUAACAGGCCGAUGCCCCCCACCCCAGCAGCACAAAGGCAGCGACUGUGUCACUGGGGCGAAAGCCGCUCACGACCACACGACGGGCGGACCGUGGAUCCGCUUGAUUUAGGUCUCCGCCGUCACAGCGAUGGUCAGCUGUGAUGCCCAUGUGCUCGGGGAUGUCGCCGGCUGUCAGCAGCCUCAGAUAACAGGGGUCGUCACAACCGAUGGAUCCCCACAACACCUCCUUCUCUCCCACUCCCUCCUGAUCAGACCACCAUAUCAGAACCAUCCACGUGAGGAAUGACGUGAAGGAGCGAAGGAGCCAGACGUAGUCCCGGACGACGGGGUCGCUCUUCUUGUAUGUGCUGCGGUAGGGAUGGUCGGCGGGCAGCUCGCCCAACGGCACCACAAGAAACGACCAAUCGCCGAUGCGAUACUCUCCGUUGGCGGCUCGCCGCAGCGCCAGGCUCUGUCCUCUGUGCGUCAGUUGAUGUCCGAUCAGCCGAUAGAUGGCGAUAGCUAGCGGCAGCGAAUCAAAGGCCGACUUGCUGUGCAGCUGAGCCACUGACAGCACCAGGGGCAGCCCAUUGGGGGUCAGCCGAUAAAUGGCGGCCAGCCGGACAGCCAUGUCCAUCAGACGCCACUCACUGCCGCCCUGCUCCAGCACAAAUAGGCAUCGCACCAAGUAGCCGAAGCGCGUCAGCCGUCGGCCGGCGAGCCGUCUUGCGCACGCCCUCAGCCGCUGCAAGCAGCCCAGAAUCAUGUCGAUAAGGCCGCCAGGCUGAUUGGGAGAGGGCGUGGUGCGGUCGACGUCGAUAAGGCCAGUGAGUCCAUGGCGGCUGAGGAGGGCGUCAAUGCGCUGCAGAAGCAACUCAGCCGUGAUCACCGCUGCGUGUGAUCUGCCGGUGGCUCGAGCGGCAACAAGCUCACAGACGGGAAGGCACGGCAGCACAACGCUGCGCCACAGCUCAGCAGGCACCGAACCACUCAUCAGCAGCGAUGGCCUUGACGCCUCAAUCAAACUCCAUACAGCCGGGGAAUGAAGAUGACGCACAGAUGUAGCGCUGCCCAGUGCCGACAGAUGGUUGACGAAAAGGGAGAGAUGACGGCGCUCCUCCCCUGGUUCUGAGCUAGGGCUGAGAGCGCACAACAGAUUUCCAACAGCAAGUACGCGGUCACCGAUGGCUGAUGCGGUGCCUGUGGAGGUCUGGCGGGAGUGUGUGUUGUCAUACCUGGCAGUGACAGACGUGGUUUGUGCCCUGCGCAACAGCUGUCGUGCCGUGGGGAGCUCUGUGGUGACGCCUGCCGUACUCGUGGGUCGCAU